AUGGAAGCUCAUAUAACAAAAAGUACUUUCUGGAUAAAGAUCUGUGGCCUACCACUGCACUACUCGUCGGAUCGAGCUAUAUCUACAAUUGGAGAAGAACUUGGCUUCAUUAAGGGGCGAGACAUUGACCAAGACAGAGUUAGAGUUCAGAUAAAUGGACUAGAACCCCUAGUUAUGAACAUGGAGAUUAUGCUACCAAAUGAUGAGGUUACAACUGUGGAAUUUGAAUAUGAAAAGCUCGGGAAACACUGCUUCUCUUGUUUCUCUCUGUCCCAUGACGAGAAAGAUUAUCACUCAUCCAAGACAGGGGUGCGUGACUUGAGCAAAUUAGGCAUCAACCAAAGGACGGUCUUGAAUCAAAUGGAGGCUGAAAGAAGAUGGGCAAAUGAAAAGAGACAAAUCCAAACUACCUCAUCUCAGUCUAGAAUCCCAAGGGAUUCCUACCCUGCUUAUUCGGGUCACAGAGAUAACACAUUAAGAAGAGACCAACGCAGAUCACCGGUUAGAAACACAUAUGGAAGAGAUCACAUAAUGAACCAAAAUCACUCAAGGAGUGGAGAAUUCAGCAGAGGCACAAGUUGGAGACAUCACACGGAGAUAAGGGAAGACGUAAGAAGAGGGCACUCUUACUAUAGACCUGUCACACAAAACCAUGUAACUAGCUCUCAUUCGGCUUCUCACAGCAGAAUUCAACCUAGGGAGCUUGGAUUCUCUGGAAGCGAUCUUAGACAUGGCUCUACUCUAAACGGAAACCGGCAUAUUAAUCCCCAAUCUCUGUCAAGAACAAGCCAUACUCCCCCACCAAGACCAGCCAGAGAACCUAUUUCUCCUGUGGGACUUCAAACAAUAGUGGAAGAGGAGUUAACACCUCGCUCAAGGAGACCGGCUUUAGAAAGACUCUCCCUUCCAAGAACAUCAGCUCUUCAACGUCUGGGAGGCAAACUAACAGAGGAUUCUGAUCGACUUCAGGACGUAGAGGUCCAAUAUAUGGCUGAAACUGCGACAAACCUGAUUGAUGACCGUACUGCAGACUUCCGGGAAGUGAAUGUGCAUACUGAAGUGGAAUCAAUACAGAUCAGGAUUCGCAAAUCCACAAGAGGGAUUCCCAAGACGAAUGACAAGAAUCUUACGGCUCCCACAGGAAAAAGAAAGAUGGCUAGUAGCCCGUUACCAGGGGCUUCCUCCCCGGCGGUCUGGCUCUCCUAUGGAACACCAAUGUGGACAUCCAGAUCCUGGAUUCAUCAAUCAACCACAUUGACACAAAGGUGA